CAGGAUCAGCGAGUGUGAUCCAGGAAAAUCAAUAACUUUAAUUUUCAGCAUAAUUCUAGCCAGCGUUUGCUCACGAUGGGUAAAACCAGUAAAGAUAAACGCGAUAUUUACUACCGACGGGCCAAAGAGGAAGGCUGGCGGGCUCGUAGUGCAUUCAAGUUGAUUCACCUCGACGAGGUGUUCAACAUUUUCGAAGGUGUGACACGGGCCGUGGACCUUUGUGCUGCACCCGGCAGCUGGAGUCAGGUGUUGUCGAAAAAGCUGUACGAAAACCGGGACAAAGAUGCCACCGAAGAGGUUAAAAUUAUUGCCGUCGAUCUGCAGGCAAUGGCACCGUUGGCAGGUGUUACCCAGCUUCAGGGAGACAUUACCAAACUGAGCACGGCAACUGCGAUCAUUGAGCAGUUCGGAAACGGGCAAAAGGCACAGCUGGUCAUCUGCGAUGGUGCUCCCGAUGUGACCGGGUUACAUGACAUCGACGAGUACAUCCAAUCUCAGCUGCUGCUAGCAGCUCUCAACAUUACGACGCACGUCCUGAUCGAGGGUGGGACGUUUAUUGCGAAGAUUUUCCGCGGAAAGGACACCACCCUGCUCUACUCGCAGUUGCGCAUCUUCUUCGAGAAGGUUUCCAUCGCCAAGCCGGCCAGUUCUCGAAACUCCAGCAUCGAGGCUUUUGUAGUGUGCCAGACCUACAAGCCGCCGGAGGGAUACAUUCCACAGAUGAUCAAUCCUAUGUUGGAUGAUGUGCAAAAGAUUGCGGGUGAGACUGAGUCAGAAGUUAACCGUUCAAUCAUUCCGUUUAUCGUUUGUGGAGAUUUACGUGGCUACGAUUCCGAUAUGUCGUACAGUUUGAAUCUCGAUCCGGAGAAGGACUACGAAUAUCGGGAUGUUGUACAGAAGCCCUUGGCGCCAGCGUACAGUGAGGUGUUGGAGCGAAUGAAAACGACCUCCUUAAAGCAUGGCAGCAUUAAGGUAGAGUAUGAUAAAAAGAAAGACUAAAUUUCAGAUUCAGCUUUACCGGUAUGCCGGUGUGCGAUUCUCUUGAAAUUUUCUCUUCCUAAAAUACACGAUUAA